CGGUAGCGCAGUUGGUUGGCGCGUCAUUGUAGUAAUCCCGAGGUGGUGGGUUCGAUUCCCGCCCGUUGCCCUGGUUGUAAUUUCCCUCUCUGUGCUGUUAAUUCUGUCUGCAUAAACAGGUCCUGUGUGACCAAGUACACGAACUCGAAAUGUAUGUUGUCAAUAAAUAAAAAAAAAUAAAUAAAUAAAGCAUGACAGCCGGAGGAAAUACGAAGAAUUCAUGCUAUAUUGUGCCUGAAAAACUUAAUUAUUCGUAUUCCGUAUUUCUUAAAUUGUAAUAGUGAUUAAAUUAUCCGAAUGCAGUGGAAGCGAUGAACUUCCGUCCAGAAAUGCGAGGCAGAAAACUUCUCCUAAAGUCAUUGGUUGUUAUUCUAUUCACAUUGGUGGUCAUUAUUUAUUACACACACACAGACAAUCUUUCCAAAACAGAUUUUGAACCAUCUUUCAUUUAUGAGUGUCCAAGUAAUAGCUCAUCACAGCACAAAAAUGUGCAUCAUGUUUGCUUCGGAGAACCACGAAUCUUCUUUGUCGAAACCUCAGGUGUAUCUGUACUAAAUUCUCGACAAGCAUGUGCAAUUGAAUCUACUGCUCAUCAUAAUCCUUCAUAUCAAGUGAUUGUUCUCAUGAUGUCUGUUAAAGAUAUUGACUUCCAUCAUUACUUAGCUGAAAACCUUCAAAAAUUACCCAAUGUUAAGUUUUACAGACUAAAUAUAGAAGCAUUCACUUAUGGUACUCCCAUUUUUGAAUGGUAUCAAGCAGGAAAGUGGAAAAACAGUCAAUGGAAGGCAAGCCAUUUAAGUGAUUCUUUAAGAUACUUGCUAAUGUGGAAGUAUGGGGGGAUGUACUUGGAUUUAGACAUAGUUGCAUUGAAAUCCAUGGAGAAUAUAACCAACUCUGCCAUCACAGAGAACUGGGAUCGAGUGGCUGCCGGACUGCUCUUUUUUGAGAAAGGGCAUGAACUAAUGAAACGCUGCAUGUAUGACUUUGCUGAAAAUUAUGAUCCUUAUAACUUUGUAAAAAAUGGACCUGGUAUCAUAACAAAACAAAUCAAAGAACUUUGUGAUAUUGACAAAAUUGAUAAAGUUUCUGGUGCCGAAUGUGAUGUUGAUAUUUUGCCACCAGAGGCGGCGUUCCCAAUUCCGUAUGAUGAAUGGGAAAAAUAUUUCGUCCCUUCAAGUGUAAAUAAUGUUACUGAAAGAUUUCGCUCUAGUUUUUUAAUUCAUGUUUGGAAUAAGUACAGCAAAAGCAAAAAACUUAUUAUUGGUCAAAGUAGUUUAUAUGAAAAAGCAAUUGAGCAGAAUUGCCCUAUAGUGUAUAAGCAUGCUCAAAGAAUCGGCUAUAUUUAAUGUGUUCAUUACAAUAUUUGUGUUUAAUUUUUCAGUUUUGUUUCUACUUAAUAUUGUUUUUGUAAAUAACAUAACCAAGGAUUAAAAACAAAUAAAAUUUA